CUGGAGGCGCCGGGCCCGGCCGGGGACCUGCCGUUCUUCGGCUCGGUGCUGCGGCGCGCACACUGCGUGCGGCGCUGCGAGGAGCCGCUCCUGGGGGCCGUGUCCCGACACCGCGCCGCCGAGGAGGUGCGCUCCGACUUCCAGCGCAGGGUACCCUACAGCUACCUGCAGCGCGCAUACAUCCAGCUGAAUAAGCUGGAGGAGGCAGCAAAUGCAGCUCACACCUUCUUCAUGGCAAACCCUGAGCACAUGGAGAUACAGCAGGACCUCGAGAACUACAAGACCACAUCAGGGAAGGUCAGCUUGAUUGACCAGGAGGCCAGGCAGCACAUGGAGGACUACAGUGCUGGAGUGAGGCACUAUGACAAGGAGGAGUAUGAGCUGGCCAUUGAGUUCUUGGAGCGUGCCUUGAAAGGAUACUACUCUGAGGAUGAGGAUUGCCAGAUCAUGUGCGAGGGACCACAGAAGUUUGAGGAGCAUGAGUACCUGGAUUACAAAGCUGGUCUCUAUGAAGCUAUUGCAGAUCACUACAUGCAGGUCCUGGCCUGCAAGCACGACUGUGUCCGAGAGCUCGCCACGCGCUCGGGCCGGAUCUCGCCCAUCGAAAACUUCCUUCCCCUCCAUUACGACUACUUGCAGUUUGCCUAUUACAGAGUUGGUGACUAUGUAAAAGCCCUGGAGUGUGCCAAGUCCUACCUGCUCUUCCACCCGGAUGAUGAAGAUGUUCUGGAGAACGCAGGUUAUUACGAGGGUCUCUUGGAAGGUACAGUGAAUCCAGCCACCAUCAAACCCAGAAAGGAGGCCAAAACGCUGCUGCGGCGCCACAAGCUGGAGUCUCACCUCUUGCAGGUGGCUGCGGCCGGCCUGGGAUACGCCUACACGGAGCCGAACUACUGGAACAGGUACGGUGCCCGCCAGGAUGAGCACAGUGUCCCAUCAAGUAUCAGCAGUGAACCAGAGGAUGGGCCCCGGCUGUCCCUGACAAAGAAACCCAUGGCAAAGCCAGAUCGAGAGCUGAAGGAGGGGGGCCCUCUUCUCUACAGCGACGUGAAGUUUGUCUACAACUCUGAGCAGCUGAACGGCAGCCAGCGAGUGCUGCUGGAUAACGUCAUCUCAGAGGAGCAGUGCCGGGAGCUGCACAGGGUGGCCAGUGGGAUCAUGUUGGCUGGAGAUGGUUACAGAGGCAAAACCUCCCCCCACACCCCAAAUGAGAGAUUUGAAGGAGCCACUGUCCUCAAAGCCCUCAAGUAUGGCUACGAGGGCCGUGUCCCGCUGAAGAGUGCCCGGCUGUUCUAUGACAUCAGUGAGAAGGCUCGCAGGAUCGUCGAGUCCUACUUCCUGCUCAACUCCACGCUCUACUUCUCCUACACACACCUGGUGUGCCGCACCGCCCUCUCCGGCCAGCAGGAGCGAAGGAACGAUCUGAGCCAUCCCAUCCAUGCUGACAACUGCCUCUUGGACCCCGAGGCCAAUGAGUGCUGGAAGGAACCUCCUGCCUACACCUUUCGGGAUUACAGUGCCCUCCUGUACAUGAAUGCAGAUUUUGAAGGUGGCGAGUUCAUUUUCACCGAGAUGGACGCCAAAACUGUGACAGCCUCCAUCAAGCCCAAGUGUGGGAGGAUGAUCAGCUUCUCAUCGGGUGGUGAGAACCCCCAUGGGGUGAAGGCGGUCACCAAAGGCCAGCGGUGCGCUGUGGCUCUCUGGUUCACCUUGGACCCUCUGUACAGAGAGCUGGAACGAAUCCAGGCAGAUGAAGUGAUUGCAAUGUUGGACCAGGAGCAUCUAGGACCCAGUGAAAUGAACAUCAACCCAAAGGAUGAGCUAUGAACUAGGCCAAAGACUUUUUCUAUUAAAUAUUUAUUUAAUAUUGUUAAUUCUAUUAGAACCCUUCUAUUUUUGUACAGAGAUGCUGUAUAAAUUAACAGGUUAAUAUGAUUGUGGAGUUUCAGGAGUGCCUCUUCUAUGUUUAGCACAGCUUUUGCUGGAACCUUUAUCCCUGUGCCAGCAUCUCCUGCUGGGGCUGACUCUGCUUCCAGCAUUCCCUGUUUCUCUCUAGCACUUCUCAGGACUCAUUCAGGCCCAUUCUACCCCCUUGGAGAACCUACUUUUUUAUUUCUCAACCAAAACCAGCUGCUUCUCUUCAGCAUCUGCUGGAGAAAAGUCUCAGGUGUCCUAGUGCACCAGCCUUCCUGCUCCUGCUUCCUGCUAGGGGAAACUGGAUCACAAAAACUGGAGUUCUGACAGCCCCUUACCAUUUGAAGUAUGCCUUUUAAGGGAAAAACAAAGAAAAACCCAAGUCCUAGCAAAAUGGAGAUACCUCUGUAGCCAUGCAAAACUGGUGUUUGGGCAUUAAUUCUGAGCAGAGCUUCUGGAAAUCAGCUGCUGAGCAGGGGUAUGAGCUGUGCACAGGCAUGAAGGGAUGUGAUAUGCAGCUGACUCUGGUGAAACAGGGUCUGUCACUCAUGUUCAGUCCCUUCUCUUGCUGAUGGCCUGGGAACAUGAAGGAUGCUGCUUCACACUGCAUCCUUUGAGCUUCCAGCCCAGUCUGCUGCUGGUAGAACCCAAAGUUUGUAGUCAUAAUUUCCAUGUCCCUGUUGGAAAGCAGCUUAGGAAGUUACAGUGCCAUGGUGUUGGAUGGUCACAGUGCAGCACUGUACUCUGGAUGUCCUGGCUGCAUCCUCCCAUCCUGGCACUGCAGAAGCAGCAGAUGUUCAUGGUGUGGUAGUAUCUGUUUGCUCAGAGUAGUUCUGACCCAGCCUGAGCAUGUUGAAGUGAAAGCAAGUAGUCAAAUAACUCUUGGCUGAGUUGGUUCUUAAGCCAGUAAAUCAUUCCUCCCCAACCAUUAAAUUUAGUCCUGUGUGUGAAUCAGAGCAGCCCCUAUCUCAAUCAAAACAGGCACUGAGUCACAGAAUUGCUGUCCCAGAUGUAAGUACAGCUUUUAUUUUGACCCAACAGCUGCUUCUGCUGCUGGAACUGAGUUCCUAAAAGGCAGGUUUUAGUAAUCUUCACUGUUGAAAUUACUGCAAAGCUGUCAUCUCUCCAGAAAACACUGCAGGGACCUUUGCUGGAGUUCACAUCCUUGAGCUGCUUUGCUCAGCUCCCUGCUGCAUUGGCCCUUUUGUCAGUCCUUUUCUGCUCCCCUCUGCCAGUUUUGGCAUUCCCAGGACUGCAAUAGAGAAUUGUCUUUUCUCUUUGCUCCUGUAGCUUGUGCCUAUUCAAACCUCCCAGGCUCAGAAGCCCCCUCUUCCCAUCCAGACACUGGCUGCAAAGGCUGUGAACAAGGACUGUCCUUUUGUAGAGACCUCCUCAAAAGCUGGUCCUGGGCAAGACAAGGGGAACUCUGUGCAUUUGGAGAAACAAAUGCCCAGACUGUGAAGAGGGAACUAUUACCACCAAGAAAAUGCUGGAAGAGUCAUUUCUGCACCUUCUCCAAUGCUGCAUCUGCAGAGGAAAAGGCUCUGGGCAUUUUUAAGCUACCAGCAUUUCUUAUUCCUUUGUUAUGUCCCUUCCUCAUAGAUUGUUGAAAAGAUUCAUCAAGUUGGCUUCCCAAAGAACUGCCCACAGGUCUCUGCCUUUGAGGAGCCUUCCCUGCUUAAGUGCCCCUUCUGUAAAUAAUUCAAUCCCUCUUUUCAAAGGAAAAGCUGGGGAGAAGAAGGGGAGGGCAGCUGUUCAGUUUGGAGACCUGACCCCAUUUCAUUGCCCCUCCACAUGCACCACGCUGCUGCAUCCAAGGCUUGACUGAAUGCUGCACCUUGCAUGUGGUCUGUGCUGCCAUCCCCCAAGAGCCAUUGCCCAAGUGCAUCCUGCAGAGCCUCUGUGCAGCCCCAGCCCUCCCAGGGCUCCCACCAGCUGGUUCUGCAAGGAGGUGCAGGGGCUGGCACAGGUCGUGGUUUGUUUGUUGCUGUGGUGGUUAGCCAGAGCUGUGUCUAAAUCCAGGGAAAAUAAACUAAACACAUCUGGGCC